GGCGUUCACAUACCAAAGCACCGCGCCGAGGAAGAAGUAGCGAUGUCCAAGGCCCACGAAAAGACGACCGGUCGCAUUAUCGUACCCCUGGACCUUCUCAACAUGGCCAAGUACUACAACGUCUGUCUAACUGAGACGCCAAACCUCCUGCCACUCAUCAAGCAAGCGGUCGAGACGCCAUUGCCGCCAAACUGGAUCGAGAUCGACGACACGGUGGACGAGGACGAACGCACAGAUACCGUGCCGUAUGCAGGCGCACCGCUCUAUAUGAACGAGCUCAGCGGGGUUGUUCAGCGUGAGCACCCUGCAGAUGCGUACUUUCGCAGUCAGAUUCAAGCCCAUCGACGCAAUGACGGACGGCGGGACGUCGCCAGCGCAUGGCUCGAGUUUCGUCGCGAGAACAACGAGAGCUAUUUCUACGACUUCGCCACCAACACGCAGCAGGAUGAAUUCCCGUUGACGGGCCUCGUGCCCAGCGCAACACACGUGCAAAUACCCAAGGAGGUGUUUGAACGCGCUGCCGAAAUCCACCGCCAGCCAAAGUCCAAAUCCAUUGACCGACUCGACAUUCUUUGCUUUCACGCGUGGUGGCACGAGACGUGUGACGGCGCGCCGGUGAAGCGCUAUGCCGACAUUUACUUUUCCAUUCGCACGAAACAUUUCCAGUUUGUUCUCGGUAACUCGGAGCACGUGUACACAAUCUCGCACAUCAAUGGCCGCGACAGCAAGCCGCUGGAGGCAUGGGAUCUCCACAUUGGGGCCAAAAUUACAAUUUUAGGCCGCCCAACAAGCCUCAUGAAGGCUAGCAUGCUGACACUACAGUGGCUGGAGAGCCAAGAGAAGCAGCUCCGCGCGAUUCAGGAAAAACUCAGUACAGAGCUCAAGAAAUACAACCCGCGCCAUUCCGACACCAAAUACAAACCCCCCAUCGAAAGCCCCGAGAUUCGCCUCCCACUGACGAGUCCUUGCUUGCGAGCAUUGCGCGAUGAAGUAGCGUACCUUCGCGAGAGCUUGGCCAAGUUCCGGCCCGACCUCGCCGGUAACCUCACGAAGUCGCUUCACCUCCCUGCAUGAUUGAUGAAUGAAUACACAUGCCAUAACAAUGACAAACAGCAAUGUGCACACUUAAAGCC